AAAAUACAACCGUUUAUUACUGACAAAUUCUAACUGAUCACGUUAUCUUAUGUGCCCUCACAAAAUGGCCCUUAAUCAACCAUCCGACCUAUCCGAACCCAAAUUCAUCACGGUAAACAAUGCGGCUCAGCAGUCCCACCAACCAAGAGGUUCUAAACGGAAUUUGCUUAAAAGCGAAACCAAACAACGUCGGCCCUACCCUGGUCACCCUACUACUGUUCGCAAAGGUUGUGGCUUACAAGAUCUUUGUGAGGAUGAUCGCGCAAAACUAACCCGUUUGAUUUUCGAGUUAGCUACGACUCAGCAGGCGCUUAGCGAUCUGCAGCGUGCGCAGACCAACAACCAUGCUGUUUCGCCCUACUCCCAGAAUAUUUCCUCCACGACACUCAGAGAAUUGUCUCCAGGAAGAACAGUACUAUGUAAUCGAAAUCCCAACAACAGCUCCGAAUCAGACCACAAGUGCCCAAGCCUACCAUCAGAUGAAGGUGCAAGCUAUCGCUCUCGAUUGACUUGUCUGGAAACUGAAUUGCAGGAGAUUCGUUCACUUUUAACCAAACAAGCCAUUGAUGAAGAUAACAGCCGUCCCCAUGUGGGAGAACGUGCUCCAACCUGCAUCUCAACCCCGAACGAGCCGGUGCUCACUCAUCAUCGAAAAAGGAUGAUUCCAAAGGGAAACUCUGAAACCCCAACCUGUACCUGUGGCGUUGCACACCUUCGAGACAAAGAGGCGAAAUCAGUUGAAACUUCGGAUGCAUCAGUGAGCGUCGUCGCUCCGAUUAAACUGCGUGAUGCCUCUGUGAGUGCAACUCCGCCCGAUGAUCAACAACCGCGAGAAAAGCUAUUGUUUGAACGUGACACACUACGGCGGCAACAACGAGUCCUGUCGGUGGUCGCGAAACAACAGGCCCAUCCGGCUGGCCUUACUGACGCGGGUUACGGUGCCCGGUGGGAUGCCGACCAGUUGGGCUCAAAGGACGUUGUCACAGUAGAAAAUACAGGGUGA